GAUAGAUCUGCAAAGAGAGUUCAAGAAGGCGCUUAAGGCUACCUAGCUGCCUGCAUGUGUUAGCCACUGCCCAGAUUCGUGGUGGCGAAGCUGCCCAUUUAAUGCCGACCGGUCAAUUUUCGCUGGAAGGAGACGCCUGGACUUACGAACCGUCCUUGACCACAGGCCUGCGUCCGUCUCAGCCGUUACUAUCGUGUAUCUACUAUUCACUGCCUUCGUCUGUAGAUUCAAAUGUUAAUAUCUGCACCUCCCAAGGUUUGCCUAACAACAAGUCCACGGAGCUGGUCACAGAAGAAAAGCAUGUAUCAAAACUCAUACCAAACCGGACAAAUAUAUCCUACUGAGCGAGACGAGUAUGCGAAUUGGGAGACGUACCCUCAGAAUCUUCAUGUGAGCCCAUUAGGGGUAGAUGCCUAUCGUAGCAGUCAUCAAAUAGACCGUCUGAGUAAGGAGCUGUUUGUCGCGAAUCAUGAAUCCUCAUUUGAUUUUCUGGCCAUGGACCCACCCAGAGAUGAUAGCUGCCGCGAUGCAGCAUGGGAGAUUAUCCAAUCCUUUGAGAGAUUGGAUGCACUCAUGGAGUUGGGACAGGCCACCUCGGUCUUCUCCAUUCAUCAGAGCUACACAUGGAGUCGCCUCUGCAUUAGUGAGGAGCAUUUCCGUCGCCUUUUUACACGACUUGGAGUGCAUCCGGGCUUUUUGGAUAUCGUUUUCCUGUUCCGCGAAAAGCUGGGACCGGUCGAAGAAGGUUUCAGCUCUGCUUUUGUAGAUAUCAUCCAUCCAGCGGUCCACGACAUUCAAGUGGGGACAACGCAGGGCUGCAGCUACCACAUCGGCUAUAACAUCAAGUACGUCGCGAGACACGGUCGGGCCCUCCCUAAUGAUCCAUUCUCUAUUCGAGAGGUUGGUGUAUACCAAUACUUCUCGUCGGACACUCAGCAAAGCAAUUGGGUCCUUCUACAGGCCUCGGAUCGGAUCAAAGAUCGGCUGCGGCGCGCUUUUCAAUCUUGUGACGAUACUCUGCCAAAGAUGCAAUUUCUACUUCAUUCGAUCAUUCUCCUAGAUGGUUCUGAGGACUGGCGCGAGUAUAUGAUCUAUUUGGAAGAUGAGUUCACCAAGCUAGUCGACAAGGGCUUCUUUACCAAUUUGAAGGGCUCGCUGCAGGAAGGGGAUCUAAUCGCAGACUUUUCCGACCUUAGGAAGCUUCAGAUCCUGACCGACAAGCUGCGGCGCCUAGCUCACAUAUUGAAAUUGAACAUUCGCCUUGGCAAUCUGCUCAAGAGGGACAUGGCAAGAAUUAAAGCGUCUUCUUCCUCAGAUUUGCGCACGAAUUGCGACGCGAUCCGGCGUAGUCUGGACAAAUAUGUGCUCGACCAAGAGACGCAUUUCGAUAGGCUGGAAACGCUAAUUGCUCGAUCUAGUGGCAUCAUUCAACUCGUACAAAGUAUACAGGACAUUCGAUCAGCGGAAGCAAGCCAACAAAUCAAUCAUGAAAUGCAGACCUUGACAGAGCAGGGUGUCAAGGAGAACAAACUGAUGAAGAGACUCACCGAGCAGUCCACUAGAGACACGAGAUCCAUGAUGACAAUCGCUUUAAUAUCUGCCGUCUUUCUACCCGCCACAUUUCUUGCAACAUUGUUCGGAUCGAACUUCUUCGUCUACUCGCAACCGGAGAACAGUCUUACCGUAGCCUCCAAUUUCUGGGUCUACAUUAUUUUCACCGCCGCUUUUUCAGGGGCGACUGUUCUUCUCUGGUAUAUCUGGAGGCAACGCAGGUUACAGCGAGAUAAAGAGAACGACAUGGAAGCACUGUAACAUCGUGAAUUCUCGGUUUGAUCAACUCUGUGCACUCCUAUUUCCGGAGUCCUCUUACGGGCGCGACCUCGAGUGCAGCAUUUGGUACCAAGGCUUGCUGAA